AUGGAGACCGAAGUGGUUAUGGUAUACCCAUGGCACUUCACGGACCAUGCCAGGUGUAUCAAGAAUAAUUGGUUCAAGCUGAAAACUAAAUGGUUACGCCAGGUUCUUUGCGUGUUCUCGGUGCAUUUCAAUAGAAUCUCCAUCUUUACUCUCUACAACAAUUGUGUGCAUCUCUCAGUGAUUUGUAUCUUGAUAAACCUAUUACAUCUCUUCGUUCUUACUCGAAAGCCAUUGAGAUCCUCCCCCAUCUAUAUUAUCCUGACAACAAUUGCUAUUCUCGAUAUCAUCUCCCUAUCCUAUGAUGUUCAUAUGGAGAUCGCCGAGUUUUAUAAAGUGAUGAAAGUGUGCUACCCGAAAGAAACUGAUUAUAACAUUCUCCUCAUUAAAAAUAUUAUGGAAUUCAUCAGGAACUACACCAGACGCUGCUCAACAUGGCAUAGUUUCAGUAUUGCUCUGAUUCGAACCUUGAUAAUAAAAAACCCAAUUAACCCAAAAUUCGAGAUCCUUUCUAAACCAAAAAUUGCGUUCUACGUUAUCCCUACUAUCCUAAUAUUGUGUGCUCCUAUUCAUCUCAUGGAUAUUUACAAAUACGAAAUUGAAAUCUACGAUGAACAUUACAAAUGCACACAGUACCCUGAGUACACAACUUAUUUCUAUGGUAAUACGGUGUCUGCAAUGUUUCAAAAGGAUGAUAAUCGGAUUCAAAAAAUCAAUAGGACAAUUGACGCUAUAAUUUCUAAAUUCAUCCCUUGCCUCCUAUUCCCCAUUGUCACCAUCAUCCUGGUCAUCGAAAUCCGGAAGGCAGAUAUCCAGAAGCAAAGAAUGGCAAAGUCCUCGAAUGAAUCUAAGAAAGCGUCAAUUGAAUCGAGAAACACUUCCAGAUUAGUGUUAUUUCUGACACUCCCAUUCUUCAUGGCUGAACUUCCACUUGGCAUUAUUUUCAUGAUUAGUCCGAUGGAUAUUUUCAGAAAGGCUAUCGGAUUCACCCUUUUUAUGGAGGGGCUCGAAAAAUUCUUCUCAUUUAUUCUCUCGGGGACCACCGCCACUCAUAUGAUUGUUUGUCUGUUCAUGUCUGCACAAUAUCGGAAAAUUGUGUGGUCUUUUGUGAGAUGUGGUUAUACUGUUACGGAAAAGAAAUCGGAAAUGGUGGUUCAGGUUCAUAGCCAGAAAAUGUUGUCGGCAAGGACUGUCUAA